GCGAAAUUCUCACAAUAAAUCAAAUAAAUGCCCCGUCGGAUAUUAAAACACAUUUGGGGGGAAUUGACGACAGAGAGAGUAACUUUUAUUCUUAAAUCCUGAUGAGUGAAAAAAAAAGUGGCUCCAGCAAAAAGGGCACUUUUCUCACCCAGGGCAAAAGGGCUGGUGCUUGAGCACCACUAGGGCUCUAUCUGUGCACGUGCCUGCAAACACACACCUAUCCCCCUCACAGAAUUCACUCAACAUUUGUAAUUCGGCAUUGAACUGUCUUGUAUUUUCACAUGCAUUUGAAUAGUAACAAGCAAUACCUGAGGGUGAAAAUAAAAACAAAAGGUAAUUUGAACGUAUUCAGGACUAGUCUAUUAACGAUGUCUUCGCCGUAGAAUGGCUGUCCUCCAACAGUACAUUAGGCAAUAGUGGUAAAACGAGGGUUGUGGGGAGAGGAGGACACUUUUGUUUAAACUGUGUGCAGGUAUUCCAGGAGUUUUCCUCAAUGAGAGAGUUUAAAUACCGGUUCACCAGUCCAUCUGGUGGCAAGAAUGUGUACUGCUAUAACAAAGUACAGAAAACAAGUGUUAUUGUUUGCUCCAAAUUAAGAACUAUUCAAUGCAGAGGAGAACACCAUAGGAGAACGUUUUACAAAAAUGUAAUUAAAAAAAAUAUCACUGUUACAUUAUUUUGUAACAACUGUAUUUCGUAAAACAAUUGUUAAAAACAAUUUGUUUACAACCGUAAACGUCCUUCUCUCUGUAAUUUGACCUCGGUUGUGAUGCAUUCUUGUGUCUGAAGACUGACGAUGAAUUACAUUCAUCCUUAUGGGACACAAAUAAACACACAAACUGUUAUCUAUUCACGGUAAACUCAAUUAAGUCCUCCCAGGGGAGGCCCUGGUCUUCACUGAGAGAGAAAAAAGAAAAGAAAACAGAGAGAGAGAGAGAGAGUGAGAGAGUGAGAGUGAGAGAGACUUACAGCUACAGAUGAGCAAGUGAGAGUUGCAGUUGGUUUUCAAUAAGGAAAUUGAAUACAUUUUGCAUCUGGAGUACUUUUGAAGACACCAGCCAGGGGACAAGUUCAAGCACCGGGCAUGACCUCACGCAACCGGCCGGGCAGUGAGAGAAGAGGAGAAGGAAAACAGUUCCAAUAAGACUCAUCUGCUUCGUCAGGAUGGGCUGCGCGUGCAGUGGCCAGGAACGAGUAAACGAUGACAAGUUCUCCAAAGGAAAACACAACUUUGAGGCCUCCAACUCGUCGAAUCACAUCGCACGAAGGGCAAACACCGAUUUGGAUAACGAUGAAGUGUUUGUGGCUCAACACGACUUCAAAGGGACCAACGACAGCGACCUGCCUUUCAAAAAGGGAGACAAACUUAAGGUGCUGCAAGAGAACGGAGAGUGGUGGGUGGCUAAAUCGCUGGCGACUGGACAGGAGGGCUUGAUACCAUGGAAUUAUGUAGCCAGAGCAGAUACACUGGAGGUGGAAAAAUGGUUUUUCAGGGACAUGAGUAGAAGAGAGACUGAUCGACUGCUUUUAGCCCCUGGGAAUAAACCGGGUGCCUUUGUAGUUCGAGAGAGUGAGACGUGUAAAGGUUCCUUCUCACUGUCGGUCAGAGAUUAUGUACCAGAACAAGGAGACGUGGUCAAACACUACAAGAUCCGCUGUUUGGACAAAGGUGGAUACUACAUCUCUCCCUCCAACAUGUUCCCAUCCCUACAGGAGCUGGUCAAAUACUACACUCGUACGGCAGACGGUUUGUGCCAGCGGCUGUAUGCUCCCUGUAAGGGGAGGGCGCCCGAGCAGCCGUGGGCACAAGAUGAAUGGGAGAUUCCCAGAGACACCCUGAAAAUGGUGAAGAAACUGGGGGCGGGGCAGUUUGGAGAAGUGUGGAUGGGGUAUUAUAAGGACACCCAGAAGGUCGCGAUUAAGACCUUGAAGGAGGGAACGAUGGAGCCCGCGGCCUUCCUGCAGGAGGCCAACCUGAUGAAGCAGCUGCAGCAUGAACGACUGGUGCGCCUCCAUGCUGUGGUCACCAUGGAGCCCAUUCUCAUUGUCACCGAGUUCAUGAUCAACGGAUGUCUUCUGGACUUUCUGAAAUCAGACAAAGGAAAGACUCUAAAGACGAAUAAGCUGAUAGACAUGUCAGCGCAGAUAGCUGAAGGCAUGGCGUACAUCGAAACGAAGAACUACAUCCACCGAGACGUGCGUGCGGCCAACAUUCUGGUCAGUGACACCCUGCACUGCAAGGUGGCCGACUUCGGCCUGGCCAGGAUCACCGAGUCAGAAUACACAGCUCAAGAAGGCGCCAAAUUUCCCAUCAAAUGGACGGCUCCGGAAGCCAUCAACUUCGGCACAUUUAGCAUCAAAUCGGAUGUGUGGUCUUUCGGCAUCCUGCUCACAGAGAUAGUCACCUAUGGAAGAAUACCUUACCCAGGAAUGACCAACACAGAGGUGAUCGGGAGCCUGGACAAGUUGUACAGGAUGCCGUGUCCGGACGGCUGCCCCAAGGAACUCUAUGACAUCAUGCACAUGUGCUGGAAGCAGAGGUCGGAGGACCGACCGACUUUUGAAUUUCUGCAGAAUACUCUCAACGACUUCUUUAUUGCCACGGAGGGACAAUAUGAGAUGCAGCCGUGAUGAAAUAAAAGGUUUCCUGUUGAUAAUCAGAAGACAGAUAAAUAUUCCAAACAAAGACGAGGGACUUGAACGGAUGAAGACCAAUAUUUAAAACUGAUCUUUUAGAAGAAGAAAAAUGGACACAUAUUUUAAGGGUUCCUUUUGAAUGAAUGUAAAAGCUGUUCAUGGCUUCUUCGGUCUCUAGCAGAUAAAAAACAUCUGGAACAUUUUAAAGUCAGAAUGGAAGUACAGUUUCAGUACAUGCAUGACGUAAAAUGGACUUUGGACCCGAGGAAGUCGUCACAGGUACAGUCACAGAUGAAACAUUGGCUACAGAAAGAAGCAGCCUGAGAAUAUAUGCACAAUAUUUUGCACUUUUUAAAAUUCCUUUAGUGAUCCAGUGGAUACAUAAAAAAGAAAUAUGCUUUUUCACGAGUAUAUGUAUAUAUAUAUUAGGGCUGUGAAACGAUUACAAUUUUUAAUCAGGUUAAUCACAGGUUUCUGUGGAUUCAUCAUGAUUAAUCACAUAUAUACAUUUACAGGGCUCUCAAGACAGGCAAGGGC